UUGCUUCUUUCUAUAAAAUAUCUAUAUAUAUUUAUCCUUUUCUUUAUUCAUUCAAAUUUCCAAGUCCAAAAUUUCCAUCUCUUUUUCCUGAAAUCAAAAUGAAACACCAAAACAUAUUGUUAAAGCUCCUUCCAAAUCUACUAAUACUAGUAACUAUCUUAUUCAUUUCAACCACAUAUAUCAUAGCAGAUGAAGUUGAGGAUGAGAGUGAGUUUGAUUACAUGAAAGAGAGCAAAAAGGGUCCUUCACAUUGGGGUGAACUGAAGAAGGAAUGGGCAACAUGUAAAAAUGGAAUAAUGCAAUCUCCAAUUGAUAUGUCAAGUAACAUAGUGAAGGUUGUGCCAAAGUUGGGAGCACUAAAGAAAAAUUAUAAGCCUCAAAAUGCAAUUAUAAGAAACAGAGGUCAUGAUAUUCAGCUGAAAUGGGAAGGAGAUGCAGGAUCAAUAAAUAUCAAUGGGACAGAAUUUUUUUUACACCAAAUGCACUGGCACUCACCUUCAGAACAUACCAUUAAUAGCCAAAGGUAUGACAUGGAGCUACAUAUGGUUCAUGAAAGUCUAAAAAUAAAUGGGAAGAGCAAAUUAGCUGUUGUUGGGCUUCUGUAUAAAAUUGGUGGACCCGAUCCUCUUCUUACCAAGUUGUCAAAUUAUAUCGAAACCGUUGAGGAUUCUAAAGCAGGAAGAGAUGUUGGGGUGAUUGAUCCCUCAGAAGUCAAGUUGGGGUGCGAGAAGUAUUAUGGAUACAUGGGUUCCCUCACUGUCCCUCCUUGUGAUGAAGGUGUCAUCUGGAUUAUUAAUAAAGAGAUAAGAAGUGUGUCUAAAGCGCAAUUGGAGUUAUUGGAAGAGGUUGUUCCUGAUCAUGCAGAGAUGAAUGCUAGACCUGUGCAACUCCUAAAUGGAAGAGAAAUACAACUAUAUGACUAAAACUGAAGAAUUAAUUAGCCAUGUAUUAAUAUUUUGUGGCAAUUUUCUUGGUCUAUAUUUUUUAUCAAGUAUUCCCUAAGAUAAUCUAAAUAAUGUUUUUUUAGUUGCUUUUAAAGUUACAUUAUCAGUAAUAAAAACUUAUAAGGUUUUUAAGUUA